GGCUGCGCUUUCUUCCCUACCCUUUGCUCUUCUCCGCCACCAACACCACCCAUGUCCGCUCCCGCCAAAGCCACCACCGCCCAGCCUCAGGCUGCUGAGAUGAGCGUUAUGACGCCACCCACGACGGGCAAGGCCAAUGGGACCUGCCAACACACCGGCGAGUGCGAGCAUCAGCACAAGCAUAAAAUGUCGCGAAUGCGAGGCGCUGGAGCUGGCAAGGACUGCUUCCUUGGUAUGCUCGGGUGCUUCCUCUGCUUCGAAUGCUGCGAGGGUUGCUGCGAAUGCAUUGCGGACAUCGUUUGCUGCCCGUGCGAGAUGUGUUGCUAA